UUCUUAUACCCGGAGACGGUUCGACCCGCACCUAAUCCAAUUGACGGAGCACAGCAGGGAUGAGGAAUAAUACCGUGAAGAAGUUCGGAGGCGGGAGGCAGCCGACGGGCACGCCGUCCCUCGCCCGGUCAUGCGUCGUCGUGGUCGUCUCCCUACUCGCCGGCGCUUCCGUGGUCCACAAUAUCUAUAAGCCCGACCUGACGUUGCCGCCAGUGGAGAACAAGGGCGGAGAAACCAACAAGGACCGCUGAGAAUGAUUCGUCCAACAAAGCGGGAGCGUGAAUUUGUAAGACAUCAGUCUCUUCUUUUGGGCUUAAAGAAAAAAUUUGCCGACUGAGUUGUAAUUUGUAAGACAUCAGUCUCUUCUUUUGGGCUCUGGUAUUACUUUUUGUUGUAACGAACAAUGGAAGGUCCAUAGAAUUACAGUCCAUCUUAAUUUACAUAACAAA